GGCAGGCGCUCAGCGGGGGCGGAAGCGGGGCUGGCGCUGCCGCGCGCGUGGUUGAGCGACYGGAGCGGGGCGGAGGGAAGCGGUGCUCGGGGAACGAGCCUCAGCAUGUCCGGGACGGCGAGGAAGGCGGUGUGACGGCCUAGACCCGCGGGAGGAGCGGCCGCUCCGGCGCUCGGGUACGGCGUGCGCGGCGGGGUCGGGCGGUGCGGUGCGGUCCAGGUGGCGGCGGCGGCGGGGGAUGCGCUGCCGGCGCGGGAGCCGCCCGGAGCUGAUCGCCAAGCGUCAGAAUGACUAAAAAAAGGAAACGUCAGGAGGAUUUCCAGAAAGUGAAAUUAAAAGUUGGGAAGAAAAAGCCUAAACUAGAGAAUGCAACUGAUACUACCUUCAAAACAAAGGCCAUACAAAUUCCUGAGCAGCUUAAAGAAGAUGGAGUACUUCCUACACAAAACAGAAAACUUAACAUUAAGGAUCUGCUCUCACAGAUGCAUCACUAUAGUCCUGGGGUUAAGCAUAAUGCACUUCUUGGACUCAAAGAACUCCUGUCUCAGUAUCCCUUUGUAAUUGAUGCACAYCUUUCAAGUAUAAUAAGUGAGGUGGCAGCUGUGUUUACAGACAAAGAUUCUAGUGUCAGAGGAGCAGCUGUUCACCUGCUGCAGUUUUUGGCUUCAAAAAUAAGAGCGGAACAGAUUGCUCCAUUUUUUCCUUUGGUAAGUGCCCAUCUCUCUAGUGCCAUGACUCAUAUCAGUGAGGGAAUUCAGGAAGAUUCUUUGAAAGUCUUGGACGUUUUAUUGGAGGCAUAUCCAGCUCUUCUUACAGACCGCAGCGUUAUAUUGUUGAAGAAUUUUGUAGAGCUUAUYUCACACCAGCAACUCUCAAAAAGACUGAAGAGCAGGGACAAACUUUCCUGGAUGCUCUCUGUYAACCCAAAUCGCAGAGUAACUUCUCAGCAGUGGAGGUUGAAUGUGCUUACCAGGCUCAAGAAGUUUCUCCAAGCAGUGGUAGAUGGAUCCAGUGAUACAGAGGAUGAAGGGCUUCAAGAGCAGAAAGACAGCUCUCAUUCUGUGAGGAACCCARUAUGUAUUAGUUGGAAGCUCCAUGCAAAUAAUCAGCAGCAUAUACAACUGUUUGAAAGUGGUGGCUUACGACCAAAGAUCAACUCUUCAUUUAGACUGAGGUCUCUGACAAGUGUAAUGGACAGUGCAGAAAAAGGCCUGUCCUCGGCUGAAAACUUAAAAGGUUUUAUUGAGAUAAUAAUUCCAUUACUCAUUGAGUGCUGGAUUGAAGCAUCUCCUGCACAAUCAGCUCCCAUUCUUGGAAACCUUUUGGAAUCAGAAUCUCAGCAGCUUAUGCAUCAAGUGCUUAGCAUAAUACAUUUAUUGUGGAAACUCACAAAGCGACAUGAUGAAACAUACAAAAUGGAGCUAUGGCUUCGAAUGAAUUACCUUGUUGAUUUCAAGCACCACUUCAUGCGUCAUUUUCCUUAUUCUUUGCCAGAUACGGUAAAACACAAAAAGAAAGAUCCAUGCAAAAGGAACUGUAUGAAAUCUUCAAACAAUGUAGACCAUCUUUUACUGAACUUAACCUUGUGUGACAUCAUGGUUUCAUUAGCAAGUACUUCAACACUUCAGACAGACUCUGGUUGGCUGGACAUGAUAAGGAAAUUUGUGACGGAUACUCUUCAGGAUGGCAGCAAGUUGAAUAGCAAGCAGGUGAACAGAUUGCUUGGGGUGACGUGGAGACUAAUGCAAAUACAGCAAAACAAGGUAGCAACAGAACCCUUGAUAAAAGCUGUAUAUACACUAUACCAGCAAAGGAAUCUCCUUUUUCCAGUUCGUACAUUGCUUUUGAAAUUUUUYAGCAGAGUUUACCAAAAAGAAGAUUUGAGGACGCAAAGAAUCAGAAGUCGAAGUAAAGUUUUAUCUCGUUGGUUGGCUGGCUUACCUCAGCAACUGGCUCUGCUUGGCUUGAGGAACCCUGAGCUUUCCAAUCAGCUCAUUGAUAUCAUUCAUUCCGCUGCUUCUCGUUCAAACAAGGAAUUGUUACAAAGUUUACAAGCCACUGCUGCUCGAAUAUAUGAUCCGCUCGAGGGCACGCUGGUGCUGYUGCCGGCCGAGGCGCAGCGGCGCCUGGUGCAGCUCGUGUACUUCCUGCCCUGCCUGCCCGCCAGCCUGCUCGCCUGCCUCAGCCGCUGCUGCAUCAUGGGCAGGAUGUCCUCCGACCUCGCCGCCACCCUCAUCGGCAUCCUGCACAUGAGAUCAUCCUUUGCAGGCUGGAAGUGCCAAGUGCAGGAUAAUUCAGUGAAUGAUGUGGACUAUUUCAGCUUCUUGUUUUCAACCCUUAUAGGGUUUUCAAGAGAGGAGCUGACUAGUCUCCAGGGCAUUAGAGGAAAACCACACAUUAGCCAGACACAGCUUUCACCUAUCCGUCUUUACCUAACUGAUCUGGACCAGUUUUUACACCACUGGGCUGUGACAGAGGUGAUCUGUCACAGCUUGUCUACCAUACCUUCACAAAGUCAGUGUUUUGACAUUCUCCAGACUGGCAUCUGUAAAUAUUUGGUUGGAUUGGUUGUCAUACCUGAUAGCACAGCUGGAUCUGUUCUAUGUGCCAUAAAUAAGCUCUUGGAUCAAGCCUGCAUCAUAAGUGAAAACCUGCACAGGUUCUUGGCCUCUUGUUGUUACAGUCUUCUGUACUUCCUGCUAACCAUAGACAGAGAGGAUGCAGAACAUCUACAGAAAAGGGAUAUGCUGUGGGGAUCAUGUAUUUCUGCAUUAGCACUCCUGCCACGAUUACUGAGGCUGAUGCUGCAAAGCCUGCAAGUGAGCAGGAUCUGUCAGGAAGAGCUGCCCGUCGUUGCUCAGUUGCUUCGCUUACUAAUGCAGCACGGGCAGCUCAGGAGCCAUAUGAUCACAAAUGAGUUUCUGGUGCAACAGAUCAUCAAGGACAUCAUGACACUGAAGAGCGGUGAAGUUCAGGAGCAGUGGCUCACAGACCUCCAUUACUGUUUCAACAUCUACCUUGCCUCUCAUCCCCAGACACCUGGCCCUAUAAACACAGUAUAUUAAAGAGGUCGAACUGCAUUUAUUGUAAAGCAUUUACUUCUAUUUAGUUUUGAAUGGAAGAUGUUGGAACAAAGCUUGUCAAUUUUUUUGUAAGUGAAACAAUAAAAAUUUUACAGAGAACUGCAAUACCUCUACUGCCUUUUUUUGAGCAAGCAGGUGUUUCUGGAAGGUGCUGUAGUAAAAUGUGGCCACAGUGUUAAAGAAAAUCCAGUCCUUGAUGCUGACGAGCUUGCAGAGGAACAGACUUACAUUGAACUCUGCUCCUUUAUUAUUUUGAAGCAUCACAUUAUUUUAAAAAAUAAAAUUGUGUAUUAUCAAGUAAAAAAAAAAUCGAAAACAAUAUACUUUAAAACUAGAGUAACAUCUUUUUAUUUUUGCUGAGUUCAUGUUUUUAAAUACUUUGUGCAAGGUAAGUACUGUACACUGUGGCAGCUCCAAAGCUAUUAAAAAAACCUAUUUUUUUUUCUAGAGUAGGACCGGUCUCUUUUUGCUUCUCUAUUUCACGCACUUAGAAAAAUAGUUAUUAAAAAAACUGGUGAUAUUUUCAAAGGGUAGAAAACACUGCUGUAAUAGUUUCCAUAGGUUGUGAAAGCAUUUUCUUUAGUGAGUGUUUUUUCUUAAUGUGUCUACAUAUCCUUCCAACUCCAUAGUCAGCUAAGGAACAAUUGUUUCUUUAGUAGAGAAGUGUAGCAUGAAGGCUGUUCUUUCAUUCCUACUUGGAUUUCAAAAUUCAUUUAAUGAAUUUGAGGUAAAAUCGAACAUUGGUCUCUCAGAACUGUACCAUCUUUAGUACAAUUUCCCUCUUUGAAACUGUGUUUGAUGAAUACAUUUAAAAUUCCUACCUUUGACAAAAGAAAGCUUUGAUAGCUCCUACAAUGUUAUUGCAAUAGUGGGCUUAGUGCUUCAUUUUCUGUUUYCAAAUGCAGUUCAGAUUUCAUCCUGUAUUGGUACAGAAAUAACAGUUGCAUUUAAAGACCAAUUUGUACACAAAAUGAGCCCAGCUCCUUAGAAGUCUUCUUGGCAUGUAAUGCUGGGAUAAUACAAAA